CGCCGCCGCCGCCUCCUCCCCGCAGCCGGGCGGGCGCCAUGGCGGCUACUGCGGCGGCGGCGGCGGCGGCGGCGGCGGCCGCGGGGGACUGCGCAAUGAAGCCGCUGCAGAGCGCCAUGAAGCUGGCCCACGGAGCCAUCGAACUAGACGCUGGCAACCAGCCUUUGGAGGCUUAUCUGGAGUACCUGAAGAGCAUCCACUACAUUUCCCAGGUGCUGCUGGAAGAAGCAGGGACUACAAAAGAGGGGGGUGACACUGUGACUCCAGACACCCCAAAGAUGCUAAAGCUGGCUGAGCAGUGUUUGGAGAGGGCCAGGUCAACAGCUGCCAAACUGGGGACAGCCCGACUGAAACCGGCCAUCCCUGUUCCGGGCCACAACCCAGCCAGCCGACACCGCAGGGUAUAUUCAGAUGAGGGGGGAAAGCUAUGUCCCUUCCUGCCCCCUGAAAUCUUCCAGAAGCUGCAGGUGGUGGAGUCACAAAGUUCUAAGAAGGAAUUAACGCCGCUGGAAGAGGCUUCAUUACAGAAUCAGAAGCUGAAAGCUUCCUAUGAGGCUCGGAUGGCACGGCUGAAUCCCAGCCAGGCUGUGCAGAAGACGUCCUUGACUCUGUCUCUGCAGCGGCAAAUGAUGGAGAACUUGGUAAUUGCCAAAGCCCGGGAGGAGACACUACAAAGAAAGAUGGAGGAACGCAGGCUGCGGCUGCAGGAAGCUGCUAACAGGAGGUUCUGUAGCCGAGUAACCCUGACCCCAGAAGAACAGGAGCAGAGAGCUCUUUAUGCUGCUAUCCUGGAGUAUGAGCAAGACCACGAUUGGCCAAAGCACUGGAAAGCCAAACUGAAGAGAAACCCGAAUGACCUCUCGCUGGUGACAGGCCUCAUCUGCCACCUCCUCAGUUUCCCUGACCAUCCAGUCUCCCAACUCCUGAAGAAGCUACAGUGUGCCGUAUACAACAGGCUGUAUCCCAUUAUCAGCAAGCAUGCUGCCGACUCUAAGACCGGCCUGGGUUGCCCUUCCCUUUCCCUGGACACAAAUGGGCUGCUGGCCCCUGGCAGUCGGCGGCUUCGAGCUUCCCAAAGCCUCUACUGCAUGUUCACCCUCCCUGAGCCUGUCAGGCUGAACCAGGAAAACUCACCAGCUGGCCUCCCCACCCCGCUGCCACAUCCUGGCCCCUCGGACAAAGAAACGGAAGGCAGCUCCACAGGUUCCCCUUCCCCCCUGGUGGAUGUCACUCCCAGUCUGCUGGACAAGGACAGCUCCUUUGAGGACCUGGAGCAUCUCUUAGCAGCUCCAGACACCUGGGCCCGAGGUCCUGGGGGGCUCACAAGGUCACCGACCCCUGGCAAGAAGCCAGUGACAUUGCCGGAGCAGCUGAGGAGCAUUGUAAAGGAUGUGCACAAUGCCAUUGACAGAUUGCUUUCCCUUACCCUCCUGGCAUUUGAGGGCUUAAACACAGCUGCCUCCAAGGAUCGAUGUCUGGCCUGCAUUGAGGAGCCCUUCUUCUCCCUGCUAUGGGCGCCGCUGCUGGCUCUCUACAGGAUCGUCUACCAGGCCAGAGAAACAGCCCUCAGCAGGAGUAUGGAGUUCUGUGGAAACAUGCCUCCGUCUACCUUAGGCAUCGCCUCCAAACUCUUCCCUCAGGAGUCGGGGCUCAGAGGCUCAGGUUCCUACCCUUACUGUACAGCAGUCCAGGAGCUGGGACUGAUGGUUCUGGAGAGCUGUCCGCAGAAGAAGUUGGAGUGCAUUGUUCGAUCUCUUCGCAUAAUCUGUGAAUGUGCUGAGGAAUACUGCGGCGCCAGGGAGUCACGCCUACAGCCCAGCACAAUGGCCAUUGGUGCCGAUGAUCUGUUACCCAUCCUGUCGUAUGUAGUAUUGAAGAGUAACCUCCCCCAGUUGGUGUCUGAAUGUGCAGCGCUGGAGGAAUUCAUUCACGAGGGGUAUCUUAUUGGAGAAGAAGGUUACUGUCUGACCUCCCUGCAGAGUGCUCUGAGCUACGUGGAACUGCUGCCACAUGGGACUUUGGUGAAAUAGCAGGAAGGAAGGAGGCGCUACUCCAGUCUUGCUGGUCCGUAGAGGAGGAUGGAGCAGCCAUCCCUGGGAGAUCUAUGAAGAUAAGACCUGCAGACGCCCAUCCCUUCCCUUCCCCUCUUCCCAGAGAGAGCUGAGCUGAGGGACUUCUGCCUUGAAGUCUGAGUUUGCCUGUGGCAGGGCUUGGGCAGGUCUCCUUUUCCAUGCUGCCUGGGUAGUUUUGGUGGUUUGAACACAGUUGGAGAGCUCUCUCCUAGCUUUAUUUAUCAUAUCAAGUUCUCCUAACCUUCGUGCACCAGAGGCAGUGGAACAUUCUGGGAAAUGGGCAUGAAACUUGAAAAAUGUGGCUUCUGCCCUUGAUCUCCUAGGUGUCUCACCGCCACCUGGGCAUCUGCUCUUGGGGAGGCUCAUGAGAAGCUCUUUUCCGGCGCUAGGAGAAAACCCACUCCCCAUGGGCAGCCAAUGACACGAGCAAGACUGGCAUCCUCAGUCCAGCUUUCCCCAGGGCCCAGGGCAUCUGCUUUCCUUCCCAAGGCCAGGGAUGGGGAAGGGACUUCAAGCAAAAUUGGGAUAUUCCCAAAACUCCCAAGAUGAGCCCCAAGCUGCUUGCACUUGCUUCUGUGAAUGCGGCUGUCGGCAUUCAGUGAGGCAGCCAGGAAGUCCUUACUGUCAAGCCCUGCGCUGUCACCGUGAAUGGUUGACUUAGUCAUUGCUGUAGCCCUCUCCCCUCUGUCAAUGCUGCCACCCUAGGUUGGUAAGGGAGCCACCCUUCCUAUCCCCACCGUCUGGCUUGUCCUGUCACAAUCCCUCUAUUCCUAAUUCCCAAUUUGGAGGCUAAAGCUCUUGAGGUUGGCAUGGCGAGCUCUGUACCCUAUCUUCUCUCGGUGGGGCCCAGUGGGACAUUCCAUCUGUCCCUUGGCUUCCUGAGAGCCUCACGGGUGUGUGCCUUUGAUGAGGGAUAGAGCCAGGGAGAACACGUUACAAACGGGGAGCAUCCCCUGAGGAGAUGACAUGGUGAAGUGCCCAUCUAAGAAACUGAACAAAGAAAUUGAACCGUCUCCCACCCCUGAAUCAGCAAACUAGAGGGAAGGCUCCAUACUGCACCUAACUGUGAGGGACUCUGGGCCCCACGGAUCCUCUUCUGCUAUCUGACCAGAGUGUGAGGUAAUGGGUCUGUCCGCUCUGCAGGAGCCAGCGUUGGCAAAGGGGUUGCCUUGCCUGCAGACAGGUGCCAGAGUGGGCCCUAUAACCCACAUAUAUAUCACCAACAGCUACAGGAUUCAGGUGCCCAACUAUUUUGCCAAGUUUUUAGAACAGUUGUGGAGCCAAUCUUGGGCUCUGAGGUGGUUUUUCUAACCCCUACCCGGAGAGGAGAAUCCCAAGGUGAUGGACAGGGAAGCCCCGAGCGGAGCUGCCUUAGUGUGUGCAUUCAGAAAAGAACCGGGCCCAGCACCAGCAUGUCUAUCUGUAGUAGGUGAACAUGGCAUGGGCCCCUUGGCAGGCCCGGCCACCCCCAGUGAGCCUGAAAAUACCAGGAUCCAACAGUCACUCCCCUUUACAUUUAUUUGUCUUGGUGUGUCCCUGUCCUCCACAGAGCCAGAAUGUGAAGGAAAGAGAGUUCUGUGAAAAUUCCCCACUCUGGUCGUGGUGUGGGAGCACCCCUGCUCCAGCGCGGGGAAGCAGGGCCAGGCCUGUGAAUAUGCUCCUGGGUAGGCUUAGGGAGCGGUGACUUGCAGGCUGCACACAACAGACGCACUGCUCAAAUUUGACACUCACCCAGGACUAUUCUGUGAUCCCUGUCAAGGGGUUGGGACCCUGCACUGGAGACCAGGGGCGUCUGGCUUACAUUUCUCCUGAGAAACCAAGGAGCAGAGGAGAAGGGACUGGAAGCCCAGCUUGGGGUGCGGGAUUCUUGGGCUUGCUUUUUUCCCCCCUUUGUGACUGGUUACACUACCACUGUAUCUUAACUUCUUUGUGGGGCCAGACCAUUCUAGAGAUCUUCCUGGAAAAAGCCCAGAAUUUCUAAACUAUUUUGAGAUAGGAACAGCUGUGCUAUAUUUAUUUAUUUAUUUAUUCGUUCGGCGUGCCUUGCUGUGCACUAGAAUGUGUCUGAUCUGGCUCCUCUAUAUACGUCUAGGAGAGUCUGGGAAUAAUUACACUCUCCGUGUGUUAGGGACGCUGAGGCUUAUCUUGAUGAUUAUGGUUUGGUUGCCCUCCCACCUCCCCACCCCUCUUCCACUUUGUGCUGUGCAGUGCAGGUGAUCUUUUCCACCCCUGAAUGAACAUGGAGCUGUCCAGAACCUCUGGUUCUCAGAUGAGCCCCAGAGAGAGCUGCCACUCACACUGAUAGCUUGGUCCUUGCCCGUGGUAAUGGCUGGUCUGGCUCUCUCCUGAUGAUCUCUCUCCCCAGCCCCGGCUUUUUGCUCCAAAUUAGGAGUCCACCCAGGGCUUUUCUUGUGUUCUCUCCUAGGUCAAUGUGAAUCCUUUGAUGUCCUAUGGGCAAAAACUAAUCAAGUCCUACUCACCCUCCCACUUAUGUUUGUAAAGGGCCUUGAAGGCCCUAGGUGGGGCAGGAGUGUCUGCCAGACUCCAGCUUGGCUUUGGCCCUGCUGCAUCUGGGACUGUGAUAGUGUGUCAGAAAGGCCCAAAGGCUGGGGAAAUAAACAGGUCACUACUAGC